AUGAAUCUGUGGAAGAACACUCGGGUACUAGAUCCACCCAGAAACAGAACGUUUUGUGUGGACAAGCAUUCUGUGCUGGCAACAGACGCCGUAGGCAGGCUGCAAUUGUUUGAAAACCACCCUCCAUCUCUCCACGCUCCUUCAAGACACGCGGCGUUCAACGAGCUCACUCCCAGGCACAGGAGAAAAAUUGCAUGUAAGUGCCACCUGAACUGCGUCCCGGACGGUUGGGCCUGCAAGAUUGGUAGUUUUACAUUUGGCAGUUUCAACAUCAUCCUUUGCAAUGGUUUCCGGCGAGCCUUUCAUCAAGAUAGUAAUAGGCCCCUUACCAUCACCGGAGACGAUCAGCGCCAAAUGAUGCGCCGGACAUUGGCAAACAGCUUUGACCGCAUUCGACAAAUACAAGCGAGUAACGCAAAAACCUACAGCGGAAAGCGAGUAUUGGUGUUUUACUUCCCGCAAUAUCACGAGGUUGAAGAAAAUAACAAAGCAUGGGGAAAGGGCUUCACAGAUUUCACGAAUGUGGCGAAAGUACACAGAGCAGCUCAUGGCCACCCGAUAAUCAGACCUUCAGAAAGGAACGGCUUCUAUGAUCUGACUGAUGAGCAUCAAAGAAAGUUCCAAGGAGAGCUGGCGCGCAAAUAUGGCAUUUACGGCUUCGUGUAUAUGCAUUACUGGUUCUCGAACGGUCCAGUAAUGGACAAACCUCUGCAGCUGAUGCUAAAAGACGGGCACCCAAAUGUGCACUUCUGCUUGAUGUGGGCAAAUGAGCACUGGACGAAGAGGUGGGAUGGGUUGGACGGCAGUGAGGUGUACCUAAAGCAGACAUACAAAUCAAACAGCUGGGAUGCACAUUGGAAGUGGUUGCUGCAAUUCUUUCGCCAUGAAAAGUACAUCUUAGUGCACAACAAACCGUUGCUACUCCUGUACAGAGCAUCUGACAUUCCCUCGCUGCAAGCACUGUUGAAAAGAUGGAGAGCACUAGCACUGCGAGCAGGAUUUGAUGGCCUGCAUGUCAUUCAAAUGAACGGUGUGAAAUGGACACCAGACGCGUUGGAACAACAGCCAGGAGUGGAUGGGGUUGUGGAAUAUUACCCAAACCUUUACAACGGUCCUCAGUGGCCUGUCAAUGAGGUUGUGUCCUCCCCUAAGCAUGGCGAUGUGCAUUAUUAUGGAGCGCACUGUGGAUGGGAUAACACACCUCGGCAUGCCACGGAUGGCAAGUACUCCUUUAGGAUUGGGCACCCAAGUGUGUACAAGUAUGUAUUGAGGCAGAACCUUGCUCGGACCAAGCCAGGAGGGUUUGUCUUUGUGAAUGCCUGGAACGAAUGGGGGGAGGGUGCGUCUAUUGAACCAAGCUUGCAGUGGGGAAGAAGAUGGCUUGAGGCCACCCGAGAUGCCAUUCUAGAAGAGGCAAGGGGUGAGUUUGCUACAUUGCGACCAAACGGAUUUGCUGCAUCUGUGCCUUUGCGCCGCGCUGGGGUGCCCACGCCCAAGGAGCGCCAGAUUGGUGGUCAGGGUGGCAACGUGUGCAUAAUUGUCAGAACUCACCAAGACCACUUUUCUGGCCAGCACAACUUGUACCAACUUCUAUCGUCUCUGCAAAGCCUGGAGUACAAAAACUGGCAGGCAUUUGUGUCUAGGGUAGACGAUAAACCAUUUCCUGACCUCCCGCAUGUGAUUGCCGACAUUCAUGAUGAUCGCAUCCAUGGCGUGGAUCUGCCAGCCAAUUUUCUCGAAGGUUUCUCUUGGAGGAAUGCUGGGUACAAGGCGACCGAUGAGAUCAUUAAGCGGCAUUGUUCCUCCAAGGAAUUUGAUUGGUUCAUGGUGACCAACGGCGACAAUUUCUAUGCCCCUGAUGCGCUUAAUUACCUACCCAGUGAGUACGACAUAGUUUUGAUGAAUUUCUAUGGGCGCUACACGGCCAUCAAUGAGGUGCUAGGCACAAAUGCUACCGUGGCUGGCGUGCCGCUUGAACAUUGUUGUGUGCGGUUCAAUGACCUCAGAUGCACACAUGCAGCGCCGAAAGUAUCAUAUUCAGAUUUGGGUGGCAUCAUCUUUAACGCUCCCAAGUAUCGUGCGGAGGGAUGGAAUUUCGAACAUUAUGAUGGGCAUUGCAAGACUUCUUGCCACGAUGGUGCUCUUCUAGAGGACCUUGUUAGAGCUGGCUGGAAGUACACAAGCCAUCCCAUAGAUGUUUGCGCUUUGUACCACAACACCAACCCAGUCAGCUGUCGGAUGCUCGGUGGUACAUACUUUGACUCCUUAGAUAUAAUGAAGGCAGGCUGCUAUGACAUGGCAGAUAUCCAAGAACAGCCUGUUCGAUCCCCAGGAAAAACACUGGGACUUUUUUUUGGAUCGAUUUUCGGGUACAUCAUGUAUCCCCAUAAAUCGGCGAAUGAUUCGGCGUUGCGGCCGCUCCUGAGACACCCGCAUCGUCGCUGUCGAAAUCCAUCCCGAAAUUUCGAGCGGUUUGCUAGGGACGACCCCUCGACAUUUGUGUAA